AUGCCUGCCGUGGCUGAACGUGCGCAGCUGUCAGAGGCAUCCAGCAGCCUCAGGCAGCCAGCAGCAUCCACCCCCAGCGGUGAGCAGAAGGGCAGGAAAGUGAGGGAGGACUAUGCAGUGGUGGCAUCAGCCGUCCUGCCGCCCGGCAGUGCUGCUGUCUCGCUGCCUCAAGCGGUGGCGGAGCUCUUCCCAGAGCAUUUUCCCACGGCUACCAGUGCCAAAAGGGCCUGCCGCAGGGGAGAGAUCCUGGUCGACGGCAGUGUCAGCAAGCUCAAGUACCAGAGGCUGGUGCUUGCCGGGCAGCGGCUGGAGUGGCAGCAGCGCGUGCAGGGAGGAGCACAGCUGCAGGCAGAGAGCGCACCCGCCAUGCUGCAGGUCGUGUAUGAAGACGAGCACAUUGCGUGCGUGGUGAAACCGCCCGGCAUGCCCACUCAGGGCAUGGGAGGCGUGAAAGACGUGGUGGGCUCUUUGGGCUACCUCCUCACGCCGUCCUCCAAAGUCGGAUCCCUGUGGCGGCCCCAGCAUGUUCACAGGCUGGAUGCGCCGACGGGGGGCCUGCUGAUGGUGGCCAAGACGCGGCCGGCCAUCAAGAGCCUCAGUGCCGCCUUUGCGCAGCGCGAGGUCAAGAAGACAUACAUGGCCAUCGUCGGCGCUCGCCUCGAUGGCCGCGGCAGCAUCGAGUAUGCGCUGGACGGGCGGGCGUGCCUGACUGAGUGGGUGGCGUUGGGCCACACGCGCUCGGCGCGCCACGGCUGGGUCACCACCGUCCACUUGCACCCACACACCGGCCGGCGGCACCAGCUGCGGCGACACAUGGCGCUGAUUGGGCACCCCAUCGUCAACGACCGACGCUACACCUAUGGUCACGCUGCCCAGGUGGGGCUCUGCCAGGGGCGCCGGCAGGCCAAAAGAACGGCUUCGGACAGCUGCGAAGAUGACGACUCACUCUGUGAUGUCACGCCCGAUGCCGAGCAGUGCGCGGCAGAAGACUCUGUUGCCGGCAGGGCAGAGGGGGAUGAUGAGGUGGAGGGAAACAGCGCAGCCAUUGCUCUGGAGCGGUUCGGCAGGGCUCCAGCCGCAGAGCAGCCGGGCGGCAAGGACGCUGACGCACUGAGCGCUGCGACGGCGGUGCAGCGGCUGAUGCUGGACAAGAGCGCCGGUCCCUCCAGCAGAGGGAACGCCGCCCUGCUGCCCCGGCCGACGCCGCCGCAUGCGCUAGCAGGCUCACACAGAGUGGCGGGCAGCGUCGGGCUUGACAGUGAAGGCGAGGUGGACACGUCUGAGUUGUGCCUGUGGGCUGUGGGCAUCUCACUGACCCAUCCCGCCACUGGCGAGCUGAUGAGUUUCAACAUUGAUGAGCCGCCGCUCUUUGAGGCGGUGCGCGCUGCAGAGUUUGAGACCUGGCGCAGCAGCUCCUAG